AAAUCUUGUACUUCUUAGGGCUGGUAACUGGCGAAUUGUGGCUUCAUUUCAAGACUACCCAAUGACUAAUUCCACAGCAGAAUUUGAGGUCAAAGAAUUUGUUCUUCCUACUUUUGAAGUGAAGAUAAAGUUGUAUCAAUCUUACUAUGUUCUAAAGGAGGCAUCCUUUCCAUUUAAUAUUACUGCAAAAUAUACUUAUGGAAAAGGCAUCAAUGGUGUAGCAUAUGUGAGGUUUGGCAUCAUUGAUGAAGAAGGCAACAGGACCUUUUUACCUGGAAUUGAACAACAAAUUUCAAUUCAAGAUGGUUCUGGAAAUGUCAACUUGAAAACUGAAUCUCUGCAGAAAACAGCUAAUAUCACUCAUUUAGAAGGAUUCCAUCUAUAUAUAGCAGUGACUGUUGUAGAAACUGCAAGUGGAGAUUUGGAAGAGACAGAAAGUAGUAGUGUGAAGUUUGUGAUUACACCAUAUACUGUUGACCUGUCAAGAACAAAGCUAACAUUCACACCUGGGGGUCCAUUUUCUAUACUGGCUAAAGUAUCUUAUCCAGAUGGCACUCCGGCCUCCAACCUGCUCAUGAAAGCCAUUGUCCAGGUGUCAGAUGACCAGAAGGAGAACAUCCUCCUGGAACAGUUUGGUAACAAUGAUGGUGAAGUUGCAUUGACAUUUAAUGCUCCUCGGACAGCAACCACCCUUAAUGUAAAGGUUAUUGCAGAAGGAAUAAAGAGUAAUGAUGAAUCCCUGACAGUCACAGCCUUCCAGUCUGCCAGCAAGAGUUACCUCAGUAUUGUGGUGCCCCACACUAUCCUGGGCCAAAAUGAUGUUUUAAAAGUUAUCUUUAAAGAUACCAUACCUUCUGGCAUUCCGAGAGCUACAUACAUUUACUAUAUGAUCAUAAGCAAAGGAAAGACUAUACGAGCAGAUAGAGUACAACUGACGGCAGACACUACAAUCAGCAUUCCCUUUAACCACGAUCUGGUCCCUGCCUUUCGCUUGAUCGCUUACUAUUACAUAGAUGUACCAGGAAGGACUGAAAUCAUUGCAGACUCUGUCUGGGUUGAUGUUGAGGAUGUCUGCAGGGGCAAGAUACGAGUAAAAGCCUCUAAAGAGGAAUAUAAACCAGCAGAAAAGGUGCAGUUUUUAAUUGAAGCAGAUCAGGCUGGCAAAGUUGCUGUGGCUGUGGUCGACACUGCAGUUUAUAUUCUCAACAAACAGAAUAAACUGACUUCCAAAAAGAUAUUUGACUAUAUGAAUUCCUAUGACCUUGGCUGUUCAGUUGGAGGAGGUUCUACCACUAAGACUGUUUUCAGUGACGCUGGACUGACAUUUAUAUCCAGUGAAAUAACAUCAGACCCACGUACUGAAUACAACUGCAAAAAAGGAAAAGGAAGACAGAAAAGAUCAUUUAAUUUUCAAGGCGACUUCUCCAAGUUUGUAAACCAAUAUACAAGUAAGCCGUUGAAGAAAUGUUGCUAUGAUGGAGCAAAGCUCAGUCCGAUGAACUUGCCAUGUGCAAAAAGACUCCAGAAGGUCCAGCACAAGUCAAGUGAAUGUAAAGCUGCCUUUUUAAAAUGCUGUGAACAGGCUAGCGACCUGAGGAAAAAAAUAAAGCAAAAGAGGCUCACAUCAAGUUUAGCAAGAGUGGCUGACAAUAAGGAAGAGGAUGUUUUUGAUGAAACAUUCAUUCAUCUGCGAAGUUACUUCCCCCAGAGUUGGUUGUGGGAAAUAUUCAAUGUGCCAGAAACCGGAAAACUGAAAGUGGAUAAAGCAGUUCCAGAUUCACUAACCACGUGGGAAAUUCAGACCAUAGGCAUAUCAAAUAACAAAGGCUUCUGUAUAGCUGAACCUACUCAAUUUAGAGUCUUCCAAGAUUUUUUUAUAUCUUUAAAAUUACCUUAUUCUGUGAAAAGGAACGAGCAACUGGAAGUGAAAGCUGUAGUGUUUAAUUAUCAACCUAGAGCUUUAGAGGUUAUUGUUAAAUUGAAAACCGUUGAAGGAAUUUGCAGCCCUGGAAACGCAGAUGCUCAGCAGACGGUGACAGUUCCAGGCAAUUCUGCUGUGCCAGUUUAUUUCAGUAUGGUGCCUUUGAUUAUCGGAGACAUCCCCAUACAUGUCACUGCAUACGCCUCAGAAGACAUUUCAGAUGCAGUAGAGAAGAAACUUAAAGUUGUGGGAGAAGGUGUUAUUAUAACUGUUCCAAAAGAAUACAACAUCAAUGGAAAAACAGAACAUUUGACUGUUGAUAUCUCAUCCCCUGACAAUUCUAUCCCAGGGUUAGAAUCAUCCACUUUCCUCAGUAUUAAGGGAGGUGUAAUGGGAGAAUCUGUAGAGAACUGUCUCACUCUGGAUGGCAUUGAUAAGCUGAUCCAGCUUCCAACUGGAUGUGCCAAACAAACCAUGGUGAAAAUGUCUCCAGCAAUACAUGCCAUUAAAUAUCUUGAUGCCACUGAGCAAUGGAUAUAUCUGAAAGCUGAACGCAAAGAUGAAGCCAUUCAAAUGAUUCAAAGUGGCUACAAUAGAGUGCUGCAACACAAGAAAGAUGAUGGAUCAUAUGGUGCAUUCCUUUCCACCCCCAGUAGCAUAUGGUUAACUGCAUUCAUUGCCAAAGAACUGGCAAGAAGUGAGGAUUACAUCAGUGUUGAAGAUCAGUACAUUCAACAGUUUAUUUCAUAUAUCAUGUCAAAACAGCUACCAGGUGGUGGAUUCAAUGACCCAAACCCUCUAUAUGACAGAACCAUGCAGGGUGGAGUUGGAGGGGUUGAAGGUGAUGUGUCUCUGACAGCCUUUGUGGUGAUUGCAAUGCAUCACUCAUUAAAAGCUCAUACAGAAGUUCAGAAAAUCCAAGUGAAUAAAAUUAUUAAUGAAGCUGUAGGGUAUCUGAAAGGAAAAAUCAUGUCCCUUGAACGGCCCUUCGCUGUAGCCAUCACUGCGUAUGCUCUGGCGCUUGUGAAGCCUGGGAGUGAUGCAGCCAAUCAAGCGCAACAACGACUUCGAGAGCUGGCUCAGUGUGAUGAAGUCCGAACUAUUUGCCAUUGGCAAGCAAAUGAAGAUCUUAGACUAGCUGAAGAAAAGAGAAAGCAGAGCGUACCCCAAGCAGAAUCCAUAUCGGUGGAAACCACAGCUUAUGCUUUGCUGCAGACUUUACUGGUAAAUGAUCUAACCUACGCAACUCCUCUCGUCCGGUGGCUAACAGAACAAAGAAAGAAAGGAGGAGGAUUCCGUUCAACACAGGAUACUGUUGUUGCUUUAGAGGCCCUUUCCCAGUAUAGUAUUCAAACAUUAGACACAGAGGACAUUGAUUUAAAAGUGGAGCUCUGCUUUGGGAAAGGCAAGAAGGGUACUGUACAACUGGGGAAGAGCAAUGCAUUAACACAGCAAGCUAUUCAGGUACACUCAGGAGCAAACAUUGUAGUUAAUGGACAAGGAAAAGGAAAUGCAACAUUAACUGUGGAACACACAUAUCGGACCAUGAAGCUGACAGAUAGUUCAUGCGAUUAUUUUAAUUUACACGUGGCUGUGCAAGGUGAAGUACAGUACAAACCUAGUGUUGAUUAUGGAGAUGACUUGACUGACUACUAUAACUAUGAAGAUGGUGAUAGUCCCUCUCCAGAUGAACCCAUGAGCAGAAUUGAGUGGUUUGAUAUACGAAGUAGAAGAAGAAGAGAUGUGGCAGACCCCAAGACAAAGGAGAGCACCCUCAACUAUAAUGUCUGUGUAAGCACUAAGGAGAAGAACUUCUCUGGAAUGGCAAUAGUAGAUAUCUCUCUUUUGAGUGGUUUGGAACCAGAUAUACAGGAACUUCAAGACGUAAGAAACGUUUUAUUCUUUUACUAUUGACACAUACUAGUAUAA